CCUACAUUUAAAAAUUCUCAUGUCAUUGUCAACUGUCACUGUCUCACUGCGGUGAUUGUCAACUAAUUUACCUUUAUCGUAAAAUAAUUUCCCUAUUGCACAUUAUAAUUCAAUAUAAAAUCGACAUUUGUUGUUACAAUGGAUGUGAGAAAUUCGUGUCGUUGUUGCCUGCUGCGGCCUCCUGAAAAAAACUUGAAGAAACCAUAUACACAUUGGGGCAAAACUGAAAUAUAUUCGAAUAUGCUCAAGGAAUGCUUCGAGAUACAUUUAACCUACCUGCCAAGUGAUGACGAGUGUGGAAUCUGCGAGGUGUGUGUGGGACGGCUGCGGGAAGCCAGCGAUUUCAAGCUGCAAGUGCAACACAGCCAGGAGGAGUUGCAGGAAUGGCUGAGGCGAGAGUGCCAUGUUAAAGAAGAAGAAGAUUCACCGAAGGUGGAAAAGGCUGAUGAUUGUAACGCGUUUCAAGAAGAGCUUAUGCACGGUUCUGUAGAAAUCAAGACGGAGGUCUCAGUUGAUCCUUUACCGACUGAGGAGAUCGAGGAGUUCAAGCUAUUUAUGACAGACCUCGAGAACCAGACAUUAGAUGUUUUCAAGCAAGAACCGCAGUUUGAAAUUCCUGUAAAUGAACAGAGUCCUUAUGUGACGUCACCAAAGAGUUGCAUCAAUGAGGCGUUUGGUCAUUGCAUGAAGCUAAAAAAGGAACGAAACUUCGGGAAAAGCGCGAAAAAGAAAAACGCACCAUACAAUUGCGAUACUUGCGGAAGACAGUUUAGGCGGGAAGUGGGGUUAAACAUUCACAAAAAAACUCACACUAGACAAGACUUUAUUUGUGAAAUAUGCAACAAAAAAUUUAAAUUAAAAUCACGUUUAGACAUGCAUAAGAAAUUUCACACUGGGGAUAAACCUUUUUGGUGUGGAAAAUGUAAAAAAAGAUUUUCAGACAAAUCUAGCUUGAACAAACAUAAACGCACACAUAAUGGUGAAAAACCCUUCGCGUGCGAUAUAUGCAUGGUAAGAUAUACUCAAAAACAAAACCUAGUUUCGCAUAUGGCGUUACACACGGGUUUGGAACAUUUUCGCUGUAAAUUAUGUCCAGUAAAGUUCACGGAUCAAAAAAGUUUAAGGACACAUGUUAGAAAAAAUCACAUUAGUCCAACCUACUAUACCUGCGAUGAAUGUCAAAGAGUGUUCUGCUAUAAAGGUGAACUAAUUAGGCAUAUGAAUAUACACUAUAAGUGGACCAUUUAUGCUUGCGACAUUUGUGGGUUGACGCUUGCGACUAAGAAUAGUUUGCGACGGCAUAAAAUAGUUCACACCGGUGAGAGAGCAUACACCUGUGAAAUGUGUAACAAACAAUUUCGUCACAAGCACGGCCUGGAUGCUCACAGACUAACACACACCGGAGAGAGACCACACUGCUGCGAAGUAUGCGGCAAACAAUUUGCGCAAAAAAAUAACUUAAAGAAGCAUUUAGAAAUACAUGUGGAAGGAAAAAUAUAUGCGUGCGAUCUUUGUACCAAAUCGUAUUCGACUUCAGAAGGCUUAAGGCAGCACAGGCGAACCCACACGAAGAAUAAACCUCAAGUUAAACCGACAGGCAAACAGAAAAAGACAUCAUUUAAGUCGUAAGCACUUUAGUGACCGAUUACUUGCCAUUUCUUGCUUACACACUGUACAGUGAAUAAAUGAUAUUAUUUACAUGAUUAAACUUGUUUUAUUUUGCUUUCCAUUUCUGUGUAAUACAGGCUAGGCUUUAUCAUGUCCCCAUAAUGAGGCGUAAUACAUGUUGGUCACGAGGAUAUUUUAAAUUAAUAUUCAAAGAGAUAAGUUUAAUUGCUCUUAUUGCCUAGAGCCCUAGACUUUUCUUUAAUAUAGCAAAUUUAAGUCAGUAGGUAGGCAUACAGUAUAUCUGGGUUGAAUGCCAUAAACAGCAAUUAGGUUCCGGGCUCUCCUGUUGACAUGUAAUAAUUUUUAAGAAAAAAAACCUACUUCAAUAAGGGAGACCGGUGAAAGAACAAUUAUUGUUGAUUUUAGAUUUAAUACAAUGAAAUUAUAAAGACAGCGUCCUACGCCUAAUUAUGUAAAAAAGGAGGUAACGUGUUUU